CUCCGCAGUCCGGUGCGCUCCGUCGUCGCGGAGUGCGCACGCGCAGGCGCGCCCCGUCGUAGGUCACGUGCUCCGUGGCCCGGGCUGGCGAAGCCGGAAGUAGCCUGGGGCGCAAGAAGGCCCGGGAGCCACGGACACUCGGCAGGCGUAAGAAGAAGCGCCUGACCAAGCCGAGAUGCAGAGCACUUCUAACCAUCUGUGGCUUUUGUCUGAUAUCCUAGGCCAGGGGGCCACCGCAAAUGUCUUCCGUGGACGGCAUAAGAAAACUGGUGAUUUGUAUGCUGUCAAAGUAUUUAAUAACAUAAGCUUCCUUCGCCCAGUGGAUGUUCAAAUGAGAGAAUUUGAAGUGUUAAAAAAACUCAAUCACAAAAACAUUGUCAAAUUAUUUGCUAUUGAAGAGGAGACAACAACAAGACACAAAGUACUCAUCAUGGAGUUUUGUCCCUGUGGGAGUUUAUAUACUGUUCUAGAGGAGCCAUCCAAUGCCUAUGGACUACCGGAAUCGGAGUUUUUAAUUGUUUUACGAGAUGUGGUGGGUGGGAUGAACCACCUCCGAGAAAAUGGCAUCGUGCACCGCGACAUCAAGCCAGGAAACAUCAUGCGUGUCAUAGGGGAAGACGGACAAUCUGUGUACAAACUCACAGACUUCGGUGCCGCUAGAGAGCUAGAGGAUGAUGAGCAGUUUGUGUCGCUGUAUGGCACCGAAGAAUACUUGCACCCAGACAUGUAUGAGAGAGCAGUGCUAAGGAAAGAUCAUCAAAAGAAAUACGGGGCUACAGUUGACCUUUGGAGUGUUGGGGUGACAUUCUACCAUGCAGCUACUGGGUCGCUGCCAUUUAGACCUUUUGAGGGGCCUCGGAGGAAUAAAGAAGUGAUGUACAAAAUAAUCACUGGAAAGCCCUCAGGUGCGAUAUCUGGAGUACAGAAAGCAGAAAAUGGGCCAAUUGACUGGAGUGCAGACAUGCCUGUUUCUUGUAGUCUUUCUCGGGGUCUUCAGGCAUUGCUUACCCCAGUCCUUGCAAACAUCCUGGAAGCUGACCAGGAGAAGUGCUGGGGCUUUGACCAGUUCUUUGCAGAGACCAGUGAUGUGCUUCACCGCAUGGUGGUCCACGUGUUCUCGCUGCAGCAGAUGACAGCACAUAAGAUUUACAUUCACAGCUACAACACUGCUGCUGUAUUCCAUGAGCUGGUUUAUAAACAAACCAAAAUUAUUUCUUCAAAUCAAGAACUUAUCUACGAAGGACGACGCUUAGUCCUAGAGCUCGGAAGGCUAGCUCAGCACUUUCCUAGAACCACAGAGGAGAACCCCAUCUUUGUCAUAAGCCGGGAACCCUUAAACACCGUAGGACUGAAGUAUGAAAAAAUUUCCCUACCUAAAGUACAUCCACGUUAUGAUUUAGAUGGUGAUGCUAGCAUGGCCAAGGCAGUGACGGGGGUUGUGUGCUAUGCCUGCAGAAUUGCCAGCACCCUGCUGCUCUACCAAGAGCUGAUGCGGAAGGGCGUCCGGUGGCUGAUUGAAUUAGUUAAAGAUGAUUACAAUGAAACUGUUCACAAGAAGACAGAAGUUGUGAUCACAUUGGAUUUCUGCAUCAGAAACAUUGAGAAGACUGUGAAAGUAUAUGAAAAGUUGAUGAAAAUCAACCUAGAAGCAGCAGAGUUGGGUGAAAUUUCAGACAUACAUACCAAACUGUUGAGACUUUCCAGUUCUCAGGGAACAAUAGAAAGCAGUCUUCAGGACAUCGAGAGCAGGCUAUCGACAGGGGGAUCGCUGGCUGACACCUGGGCACACCAGGAAGGCACCCACCCAAGAGACAGGAAUGUAGAAAAACUACAAGUCCUGUUAAACUGCAUCACAGAGAUUUACUAUCAAUUCAAAAAAGACAAAGCAGAACGCAGGCUAGCUUAUAAUGAAGAACAGAUCCACAAAUUUGAUAAACAAAAACUGUAUUACCAUGCAACAAAAGCAAUGACCCACUUUACAGAGGAAUGCGUUAGGAAGUACGACGCCUUUCUGGAUAAGUCAGAGGAGUGGAUGAGGAAAAUGCUUCAUCUCAGGAAACAGCUGCUGUCACUUACAAACCAGUGUCUUGAUAUCGAAGAGGAAGUGUCCAAGUAUCAGGACUACACUAACAAGUUGCAAGAAACUCUGCCUCAGAAAAUGCUUGCAGCCUCCAGCGGACUCAAGCAUGCCAUGGCCCCGGUCUACCCUAGUUCUAACACCUUAGUGGAGAUGACUCUUGGUAUGAAGAAGUUAAAGGAAGAAAUGGAAGGCGUGGUUAAGGAGCUGGCUGAGAACAACCAUAUUUUAGAGCGGUGAGUGGUGCGGCCCGGCUGAAGC